AUGGCUGGAGAGGACCCCUUUGCCUUUGUGGCCGCUGAACAACCAAAGCCGGUGAAGCACAGACACAACUGGAAAGGCAAGCUCUUUUCGAAAGAUAAGAACGGUCACAAAUCAACGGACCAACAGGUCGAGGACUUCUUGAAUACCGCACGCCACAACCAUCAGACCCAGCUCCCCCCGAGAGCUGUCCCCCCAGCGCCUCGCAUAGAUGUCUCCGUGUCGCAACGAUGGCCUGCGUCGCACGAGACCCCCAGUGCCUCUCCGCACUCCUCCCCACCGUCCGCGCACGAUCUCGUCCCGCCGGCGAGCACGUUCAGGUCUGCCCCCAAGAAACCACACAGGCGAGGAUUGAAGGUCUCCUUCAGUCGCCAUGCUCCCGAUGUCAUUGGUGAAGGCGGUGACGAGUGCGAGGUUCCCACGGUGGAAAUCUAUCGGUCUCACCACCGGUCGAGGAGCCAGAGCUCAGUCCAGGCGGGUUCGCAGCAGGGUUACGCGCCCUACCCUGGUCAGUCGAGAGCCCCCGAACUGCACCUAGACACCUCAAUGCCAGGAAGAAGACCAGAUGGGAUCACCAUCAGCAAUGAGCCUCCGACACCAGAGGACGAUUCGCCCCGGGGCGCUCCCCGGAACCCUCUAUUGCUGAAUACGCAGGAUGCGGACUUCUUGAUGGCUUUGAGUUCGGGCCAUCGAGACGCCCGGCUAUCGCUACGAAAUUCUCCAGACCCCAACUCCUUCGCAAGACGGGUGCAGGCGAAGAUGCGUGCAGAGGAAGGUCGCGCGCUUCAGCAUCGUCGGGAGGAACCCAUGUCCCCGGAUAAUGCAGAGAACGACAUUCGAGCACAGCAGGAAAAUCUGCCUCUACGACCGUCUAUCAAUUCCCAGCUUACGUCCUUGAGCGCUGACACGGAUGACGUCUCAUUGAAUGUGUCUCUACGAGCUUCUCCAGUUCCAGCAGUUCACGAGCGGCCAUCUGACACGCCCGAACCAACUCUGCCGUCCGUCCUCCCAACAGCUGCACCGGUCCAGGUGCUUUCGCCGCCACCCCGGUCCGUUCUUCGAGGCGGAGACCAUUCUUCAGAUUAUGGAUCGCGGCCGACGAGCCGUGACAGUCGAGGCAAGGCGCCCAGCCCGGGACCCAAGAUGACCUUGCGAUCAGCCGCCAGUGCAGUCGGAGACAGUGCGUUUGCGGAGUUUGCGGCCUAUGCGGAACGAUCCUACCCUCUGUUUCGACUGGCUGCGGCUAACUCCAAGCCUGUGCUGGAAACUCCGCUUGCAGAAUGGAUCAGAACCGCGGUCUGGUGGUUCCUGCGCGGACGAUCGCGCCUGGAGGCAGCUGUGCGUUCGCGGAAACACAAUCUCGCGGAGGCUGCCCGGCAGGCGGUCGUUGACCUUGCAAAGUCUUUGUGGAUCAACCAGGAGAUUGUCCCUCAGCUCGCAGAAAUCGCUCGAUACGGCCAGGGUGGCGUGGAUGCUCUUCUCGCUAUCGCAAGCAGCACUGGCGAUCAGUAUUUGGCGGAUACGCUGGGACUUCACCAGGGGAUGAUGAGCCAUCUCCGCGCGCUUACGAUGUCGAUGAAGCGAAACAAUAUCAUUGCGGCCGCACCCGAACAGGAUGUACUCGACCAGCGCCUGGACACAUCGGUGUGGAUCAAAUAUCCUCAGUUCACGCCUGAUGUAGUGACAAUCCUUUCCGGGGCCACGAAAUCUAUGGUAGUUGACCGAGCUGCCAAGGCGAAUACGGCCGAAAUGAUGCCUUUGAGUGACACUCCCCGCUUUUUCACCUACGGCAGCAUGUUCGUCAGUGCGUACGUGAGCUCGGGUGACGAUGAUUCCGAUCAGUAUGCCAUCCCAUGCGUGUUAUCGAUCAUCCGCGACCGCGGAGAUUGGUACGUUCUCGCGGCCAUUUCCAGCCAAAAUGACCUGGUCAACAUUGUCAUCCAGUCAGAUAGGAAGAAGGGCCCAACUUGGGACGAUGUGCAAUGGCAGGUCAAGUCAUUUUCUAUCGAGGUCCGUCUUCCUCGUGGCUUCCGGCUGGACGUCGUCUUUGACGAAAGCGAUUUCAAGAUUAUCUGGAACAUCGUAAAAUACACCCGCCGGAUCGAGGAGAGCUUGCAACCAGAGCCGGGAGAGCGAGUCCUGUUCGAAAACACCCUGAAAGUGUUCCAGUACAUGGACCCGGGCACACCAAAGGCGUUUCCUGCGGAGCCCAUCCAACGAUGCCGCAUCCGCUUGUUCGAGAAGUUUGUCACACUCACCACUGGCACCGGGAAGAGAGAAGCUCAUCGCGGUUUUCGCCUUUCUGUCGUGACCAGCCCGAAAGUCAAGACGCUCAGUAACGUGCAGCAUGCGCUGGGAGAGGGCGCCCCCAUUGUGUAUGGCUAUCUUCGCGGCGAAGACGGAUCUCCGGCCUUUCUGCUUAAUGUCACGGAAGACGGAAGAACUCGUUCGAUGCUGAUGACAUUCCAUGAAGUUGCGGAGCGUACAACUCUGCAUUCGCUUCUCCUGGGUAUGGUCCCCAGUGACAAGGAGUUCAAGAUCUCUGACAUUCCGAUACGCUCUUUCGCCAUCGAGCAGCCGGCCGACGUGUUCUCGGGCCAGCCGGCAAUCACACAUCUCCAGUUCCCGGCUGGUGCGGCCUCCGUUAUCGACCAGGAACCCGGAUUUGUCGAGCAUGGAUAUGGACCGACCAUCUUGUCGGAACAUCUGAGAACCUUUGUGAGCACGGAGUGGGGUUCUGUCACGGACCGCGUCAAUAUAGGCCCUGGCGAGUUGAAGAUCGGACUGGAUGUGGGCAAGAAGACGGUCUUGAAUGUGUACCGGCCUCCUCAGGAAGAUAUGACCAUUUCUGUUGCGGAGAAUUUGGUCGCAAAGGACUAUCCAGAGACUGUAACAAAACUGCUCCAGCUCAUGAAGUCUACACCUCUGGUCCGCAAAUACGAGUUUGCUUCGUUGCAGGAUCUGCAUACUUUCCAGGCGGCCUUGACGGGCUUCAAGGUACUUUAUGAUGGGAUGGCCUCUACAUUCGCGAUCUCGCGACGUAGGAUGGUGGUUCCCAUCUACAAAAAAUGGGAGGCGAACAUGGCUCGAAUCCAGGUGAUUCAGCAGGAUCGUACGAUCCAGCUACUGGCUUUCUUCGCCGACUUCAGUCAUGGAAAAAGCAUGAACUUUGUCCUGAAGAGCACAGACACCUUGGAGAGCUUUGGUCGGACUGGGAAGUUUGGCAUUCGGAUCGUGGACGCCAAGUUUGCCCUGCCAAGGACCGGCGACGAGUCGGCACCGUACGUCUGCCUGGAUAUGCCAGAGUAUCCCAGCGAGCACGACGACAUCGAUAUCGCUUUUGACACUGAGUCAGAAGUUUGUAACCAAGUAAGAAUGGCGAACCCUGAGAAAGCCCGCCCUGCUACCUUGGCACUGCAUGCCGACGAUGUUCUGAACAAUGUCACCGAUGUCGCCCCUCCGCUACACCUGUCUACGACGUACAGAUAUUCUGACAACCCUGCGGAUCUUGUCCCGUGGGCAGAUGCUACCGAACACCACACUGACCCUAAGACUCAUAUCUACUCCCGCUUCACCUCCCCGAACGGAACCCGGUUCGAAACGAUCCUCUCUGCUCUCACCAAUGGUCACGCUCUGACGUAUUCUUCGGGUCUGUCCGCGUUGCAUGCCGCUCUGGUCCUCUUCAAUCCUCGCCAUAUCUCAAUCGGAGAGAACUACCAUGGGUGUUUUGGUGUGAUUGGUUUGAUGUCGCGGUUGACAGGGCUGCAGCAGCUCGACAUUGACUGUCCGGCUGAGCAGCUGGAAGCUGGCGAUGUUGUCCUCCUGGAGACCCCAAUCAAUCCCCACGGUGUAGCCUCGAACAUCGAGGAGUAUGCUAAGAAGGCGCACUCUCGCGGAGCGUUCCUGAUCGUGGAUAGCACUUUUGCUCCGCCUGGCCUGCAGGAUCCGUUCCUGUGGGGCGCAGACCUUGUCAUGCACUCUGGCUCGAAAUAUUUUGGCGGUCACAGCGAUGUACUCUGCGGUGUGCUGGUCACGCAAAAGAAGGCGUGGUAUGAUAAACUGCUUGGUGAUCGCUUGUACCUGGGGAGUGUCAUGGGAAACAUGGAAAGCUGGCUCGGGGUGCGCAGCUUGCGUACUCUUGAAGUCCGAGUGCAGCGUCAGAGCCAGAAUGCGGAGCGACUGGUCGCCUGGCUGGACAAUGCUAUGCAGACGUCGGAUCCCCAGGCAGGCAGUGACGAGGCCGUUGCGAAGGCCACUCUGCACAAGGUGUACCAUGCCAGUCUUCAGAAAGAGGACAUGUCCUGGCUUCGCAAGCAGAUGCCGAACGGGUACGGUCCGGUGUUCUCUAUCAUUCUCAAGAAAGAGGAAUAUGCUCGGAAGGUCCCGACCAAGCUUUCUUUCUUCCACCACGCGACCAGCCUGGGCGGCGUCGAGUCGCUUAUUGAAUGGCGGACCAUGACGGACGCCAAGAUCGAUCGCAGACUGCUGCGGAUCAGCGUCGGUCUGGAGAACUGGGAGGAUCUGAAGAACGAUUUGGUUGCGGCGUUCCGGGCUGUGCUGGGGGAAGAAGCGUAA